GUUUUCCCCGGCACGUGGUUCGCCAGGAUGGAGGUGUCCCCUGAGUGCCCGCAGCGGGGCGGGGGGCCGGUGCUGGUGCGCAGGCGGUCCCCGGUGCCCCUGGGCCUGCGCGAGACGCUCAAAGCCAGGCUGUGGCGCAGCUGCGCGUGCAGCACGCGGGGCGCCUGGGCGUGGGUGCAGGAUCUGCUGCCCGCCACACGCUGGCUGCGCCAGUACCGGCCGCGGGAGGCCCUGGCGGGCGACGUCAUGUCGGGGCUGGUCAUCGGCAUCAUCCUGGUGCCCCAGGCCAUCGCCUACUCGCUGCUGGCGGGGCUGCAGCCCAUCUACAGCCUCUACACGUCCUUCUUCGCGAACCUCAUCUACUUCGUCAUGGGCACGUCCCGCCACGUGUCCGUGGGGAUCUUCAGCCUGCUGUGCCUCAUGGUGGGCCAGGUGGUGGACCGCGAGCUCCUGCUGGCCGGCUUUGGCCCUGCCCAGGACGGCCCCGGGCCCACGGCCAACGGUAGCGCCGCCAACGCCUCCGCCCCCGCCGCGGGGCUCGGGCCGCCGGACUGCGGGCAGGACUGCUACGCCAUCCGCGUCGCCACCGCCCUCACCCUGGUGGCCGGGAUUUACCAGGUCCUCAUGGGCAUCCUCCGGCUGGGCUUCGUGUCCGCCUACCUCUCCCAGCCGCUGCUCGAUGGCUUUGCCAUGGGGGCCUCGGUGACCAUCCUGACCUCCCAGCUGAGGCACCUGCUAGGCGUGCGGAUCCCGCGGCACCAAGGGCUGGGCAUGGUGGUCAGCACGUGGCUGAGCCUGCUGCGCUCCAUCGGCCAGGCCAACCUGUGCGACGUGCUCACCAGCGCCACGUGCCUGGUCGUGCUGCUGGCCGCCAAGGAGCUCGCAGACCGCUGCCGGCACCGCCUCAAGGUGCCACUGCCCACGGAGCUGCUGGUCAUCGUGACAGCCACGCUGGUGUCCCACUACGGGCAGUUCCAUGAACGCUUCGGCUCCAGUGUGGCUGGGGACAUCCCCACUGGCUUCGUGGCCCCCCGGGUGCCGGACCCUGGGCUGAUGUGGCGCGUGGUGCUGGAUGCCGUGCCCCUGGCCCUCGUGGCGUCCGCCUUCUCCAUCUCGCUGGCGGAGAUGUUUGCCCGGAGCCACGGCUACUCGGUGCGAGCCAACCAGGAGCUGCUGGCCGUGGGCUGCUGCAACGUGCUGCCGGCCUUCUUCCACUGCUACGUCACCAGUGCCGCCCUGAGCAAGACCCUGGUGAAGACGGCCACCGGCUGCCGCACGCAGCUGUCCAGCGUGGUCAGCGCCGCCGUGGUGCUGCUGGUCCUGCUGGCUCUGGCGCCGCUGUUCCGGGACCUGCAGCGCUGCGUGCUGGCCUGCGUCAUCGUGGUCAGCCUGCGGGGGGCCCUGCGCAAGGUGAGGGACGUGCCGCAGCUGUGGCGGCUCAGCCCGGCCGACGCGCUGGUGUGGGUGGCCACGGCGGCCACGUGCGUGCUGCUCAGUGUGGAGGCGGGGCUGCUGGCCGGCCUCGUCCUGUCUCUGCUCAGCCUGGCCGGUCGCACGCAGCGCCCCCGAGCGGUCCUGCUCGCCCAGAUCGGGGACACGGGCUUCUACGAGGACGCCGCAGAGUUCGAGGGCCUGGUCCCCGAACCCGGGGUGAGGGUGUUCCGCUUCGCGGGGCCGCUCUACUACGCCAACAAGGACUUCUUCCUGCGGUCACUGUACGGCCUCACGGGGCUGGAUGCCGGGCAGGCCGCCGCCAGGAGGAAGGAGCGGGGCCCGGGCGCAGGCGCGGGUGAGGGAGACGCCGUCGGGGGCGUGGACCUGGGCCCGGCGGGCAGUUCGGCCGCACUGGUGCCCACGGAGGGCGGCUUCCACGCCGUGGUCAUUGACUGCGCCCCGCUGCUCUUCCUGGAUGCAGCCGGCGUGGCUACGCUGCGGGACCUGCGCCGGGACUACGGGGCCCUGGGCAUCACCCUGCUCCUGGCCUGCUGCAGCCCCUUGGUGAGGGACACCCUGAGGAGGGGUGGCUUCCUCGGGGACGACCCGGGGGACGCGGCCGAGGAGGCGCAGCUGUUCCACAGUGUGCAUGGCGCCGUGCAGGUGGCCCGAGCCCGCCGCAGGGAGGCAGCAGCCACCGACUCCACCCUCUAGAGCCAGCGCCCGUCCCCGGGGCCCCCGGCAGGCAGGCUCCAGCUCGGUCACCCGUGUCCAUCACCUCAACCCUCCAAGCGGAGGCUGUGCCCUCUGGCCUGGGGGAGCCAGGGAGCGCACAGGGACCCAGGCCCUUUGAAGCCAAGAGCUUCAACAGAGGUCCUGCAGGUCAACGUGAUGCCGGGUGUCACCGUCUUAUUUGAACAAAGGCCCCGACGUGGUCAGGAUGCCUCCCAGGUGCCAAUGGGGUACUGGUCCUUUGGCUUGUCCCGUCCCAGUCCCACUGCGGCCGGGGGCACGAGGAUCUCUGUGUCUCUGGACUUCCAAACACACCCCCGGGUGUCCCCUAGCCUGCAGCCUGCAGGGCCCCUGGGCCGCGUUCCUCCAAGGCCUGACCUGUGAGCACAGGGCCGGGCUGCGUGGGUGCGUCCAGCCCCGGAGCCGCUGCAGGCGACACCACCUUGACCCUGAGCCCCUCAGUGAGCCCCACGGGGAGCCAGCUCUGCUCAGUCCAGGGGCCGCCCAGCCCCCACACAGCCUCUCCACCAGGGACAGCGUGCAGACGAUGGGGGCCCCCUCCCUCCUGCCUCCCGCCCGCCUCUGCACCUGACCUGCCCCAGCCUCGGUCUCCAGCCCCCGGCCGGCUCUCCCAGCCGCCCCCCACUCACCUGGCCG